GUGGCUCGGAAGGCGCGUUUGGCCGUGCGGGGAAGCGCUUGGAGAAAACUUUUGCGUCCGAACAGUGUCUGAUUUUUCAUUCCCAAACCUUGGCCAGAUGGAGAAGGAGGCUGCGAGGAAGAGGAAGAUCUCCCAGGACACCCAGGCAGACAAGGAGCUGAGGAUGGAGACCAGGGAGGAAAAAUCCCCACAGCAGAACCUCAUGGAAGAGGCUGAUUUGAGCAGCUCCACAGCGCAGGAAUGCAAAGGGGAGGAAAAUCCCCAGAGAUCCUGCAGGAGGAGGGGCUCCAAACCCAUCCCAGGGUGCUCUGAGGAGGAAAGACCCACCCUGUGGCGGGAAGUCGGCCAGAGAUCCAGCCAGGGCUCUGAGCUGGUGGUCCAUGAGCAGCUUCAGGAUGGGGAGAAGCCCUACAAGUGCUUGGAGUGUGGGAAGAGCUUCAGCCGGAGCAACCGCCUGAUCCGCCACCAGAUGAUCCACACUGGGGAAUGGGCCUAUCAGUGUAGGGAAUGUAGGAAGGGCUUCAGCUGCAGCUCUGAACUCAUCCGUCACCAGCGCAUCCACACUGGGGAGAGGCCCUACGAGUGUCCUGAGUGUGGGAAGAGGUUUCAGACCAGCUCCAAUCUCCUCAGGCACCAGCGGAUUCACACAGAUGAGAGGCCCUUCCGCUGCCCCGACUGUGGGAAGGGCUUCAAGCACAACUCCACCCUCAUCAGGCACCGGCGCAUCCACACUGGGGAGAGGCCCUACGAGUGUGGGGAAUGUGGGAAGAGCUUUAUCCACAGCAAGAGCCUGAUCUUCCAUCAGAGGACUCACACUGGGGAGAGACCCUAUGAGUGUGGGGAGUGUGGGAUGACCUUCAGCCAGAGGUCCCAACUGACCAUCCACCAGAUGAUCCACACUGGGGAGAGGCCCUACGAGUGUCCUGAGUGUGGGAAGAGGUUUCAGACCAGCUCCACUCUCCUACAGCACCAGCUGAUUCACACGGAUGAGAGGCCCUUCUGCUGCCCUGACUGUGGGGAGGGCUUCAAGCACAACUCCACCCUCAUCAGGCACCGGCGCAUCCACACUGGGGAGAGACCCUAUGAGUGUCCCCAGUGUGGGAAGAGCUUCAGCCAGAGAUCUACCUUGACCCAA